AUGUGUCUUGUCCUCCGUCUUAUUCCAUUCCUAGUCCUCGUCGUGAAGGCUACCACCUCCAAAGUUCACAGGCAGAGCGGGGACUGUGACCAAUGUUACUACGCAAAAGGCGCCUUUGCCCCUCCAGAGCUUCUUCCGUGUCUUAAUGAGACUGAUUCAGAAGCACCUGAGGCCAGUUGGUGCUGCUUUGCUGGUCAUGUAUGCCUUGAACGUCAGGCCUGCUGGGACCCAGACACAACGAACACAUAUCAGUACGGCUGUAAUGAUCCCGAAUACGAGCAUGAGAGCUGCCCUCCCAAAGGUGGUCUUAACAUGACAAAGUCGCCCUGGGUCAGUCUUGUCGCGUGCGGCCCCGAAUCGGAUGAGGAUGCUUUCUGGGCCUGCAAUCAUCCAGACACCUGUAGCGAAGAUAGGUGCCCACUCGACCCGCGAAACUUCUCAUCCACACUUUCCCUUUGGCCUUGGACGAUGAUACCCUUACCUCGACUUGUCGAUAAUUGCGAAGAUAUGGCAACCCUAGUGCUGGCUGCCUUCGCGCCAUUGCCGAUGGCCACGAGGGGUGGUGUACCUGCGAAUGCCACCAACAUAGAAGCAAAGCCAAUACCAACAAGGCUGCCAACUGAUGGAACGGAGGAUGCGGGAUGGAGCGCUGGUGCUAUCGCAGGAACAGUGGUCGGCGCGGUUUUGAGUGCAAUUGCCAUUGUCGCAGGCACUUUUCUCUUGCGGCGACGACAACAACGACAGUAUGGACUGCGGUCCGACACGACGCAGACCUCUCGGUUAAUUGAAGACUCCGGGGCUCUAGAGCUAAUGCCAUUUGACGGUAAACGACGCCCACCAGAUUCAAUGACAUCCAUGGAAGCGUAA